AUGAAUGCAUUGGAGCGCCAAGACUUACAGCUACUACUUGAGAAAGACCUAGGACACGCUUGGUGGUACUGCCACUGUUGCUCCCUUCUACUUCCCAUUUCUACUCAAGGGCCGACUGGUGGCACUCGCGACGGCUUAUCUUGGGUGGCCGGCUGGGACUUUAACCGCCCUUACCACAAUAGACAUUGGCUCGAAGGAAGUAGCUUCAGUGUCGACUACCAGAGUGUUCGCCUUGUUAUGAACCGUCAUUUCUUUGGUCCCUUGAAAGGGCAAAUGGCUGCUGCCUUGGUAAGAAAGAUGGUCCACCCGAAUUGUACAAGACGAGCUUUUUCUCUCAGCUACCCGGACCCUAAAUGGCGCCGGCUGGACUGA